CCGGUGUGGCGCUGCCGAGGUCCGCAAAUGGUUGGAGUUUCAAGAUUCUUUUUGUUGACAUGACCAUCGUCUUUCCCAGGCUGGCAGCUCGCUGUCGCGCCUUUCUCCCUCUCCCAUCUCUCGUGUUUCUCGAUGCGCCCUGAAGAGCAGCCGCCGGCUCCCAGCUGGCCAUGGCGCACGGCGUCCUCCUUCACCAUGGGGACUGUCGGCAUGCUCUGCUGUUCGUUUUUGUACGGGCUGAGCAGGACGGAGGUGCAUGGCCUGGACGAGUUUCUCCAGCUCUUGGAUGAACGCGAGGACGUCGAGGGGCGCCAGCGAGGGUUGAUUACUGUGUCGAACCAUAUUUCCGUCCUAGAUGACCCUUUGAUGUGGGGAGUUCUGCCCUUACGAUACAUGUUCAACCCCGACAAUCUGCGCUGGGGUCUCGGGAGCUACGACCUAUGCUUCACCAAUAAAGGGCUUUCCCUCUUCUUCACUCUCGGACAGCUUCUUCCGACGCACCGCAGCCAGUACUCGCAGUACGGCGGCCUUUUCCAGCCUACAGUUACGCAAGCCAUCCGACUCCUGUCGCGCGGCCCUUUCCUCGACGUCGACGGUCAAGCAACAAGACCGACGAAGUCACUGCGAAGCCCGGAUCUCUCGGACCCCUUCACAUCGGGCCACCUCACGUACUCGACAAAUGGCCAGGAUACCUUCCCGGCGCCGUCCGCGUACCUCAGCCGACGUCACGCGUGGGUACACAUCUUCCCCGAGGGAAGGAUACACCAGCACGAGGCAAAGACGAUGCGCUACUUCAAAUGGGGCAUAUCUCGCCUCAUUCUGGAGAGCGAGCCAUGCCCGGACGUGGUGCCCAUCUGGCUCGAGGGACCGGACCAGAUCAUGCACGAGACACGGACGUUCCCCCGAUUCGUGCCGCGGCCAGGCAAGGAGGUGAGCGUAACGUUCGGCAAGAAGCUGGACGGCGACCGGGCGUUUGGGGACCUGCGGGAGCGGUGGAGACGGAUGCGGGACGAGGAAGCGGAGGUCAGCGGGCCGAUGGCGCUUGGGGUGGUGAGCGAGGCAUUGAAGUACUCGGAAGAAGCGGAAGAGCUGCGCAGGGAAUGCACACGAAGGGUGCGCGAAGCCGUGCUCGACGUGCGGCGGACGCGAGGAUUGCCGGACGAGGACCCCAAGGCAGGACUCGCGGAGACAUACGCGGCAGAGGGCUCUAGGGGCCCGGGCAAGAAGGACGAUGGCAGCAUUGUGCGAGACAUCUAGAGAGAUGGUAGGCACAAGAGGUUGUAUUUAUAUUUGGCUAUAGACAUGUUUAAAAGAGAUACCACGCAGGCGGAUGCACGCGUUGUCAGAUUAGAUCAAGUCAUUUUUCAACCCUCAGCGACAGGCCAGUUGUAAGCUGGAGUGCAAUGCAAUGCGCAAGCAACACGUGGUUGUGCUGGUGACAUAACCACAAGCCGCUGGAAGAGGCCGGGCUUUGUUCACCAGACAUUAACGACGCGACGCAGCAGCAGUAGCAAUAGCUCACAGCCAGCGCAUGGUCUCGGGGGGCUCAGAGUGUCAUCACCCAACGCUGCACACGAUCCCGUCUGCCAUUCACCGUCGCCUGAAAGGAAAAGGUGAAGGUGAAGGGGGACGGAGAUGCGGUG